AUGGAGCACGUUGUGUGCGAUGAUGGAAGACGCAAGGGAGCGGAAACUUCAGAUGGAGAAGGCGGGCCGGUGCAGAAUACGGUCUACCAGAUACCGUAUGGUGAGUUUGAAGCCUUUGUCGAAAAUUACUUUCCAGAGGUAAAUGAAGAGAGAUUUGCCAAGGUUGUUUCGAAAACAAUAAUAGAUGAGGAAUGGCUUAGAGAUAUAGUUGAGCACGAGAAGCGAUGUGCCAGGGAGUCUAUGAUAAGAAGGCUUAUCGGAUGUCUUAUAGAUGAUGAAGACGCUCCUGAGGAGCAUUCUGAAACUGUCGACGGGGAGGGAGCUGUGGAGUUUGAUGUAGAGGACUAUCUUGAGGUGGAAGAAGCCUUGGAGUCCUUUUCCUCUGGGAAUGUGGAGGAUCUCGUUGGGCUAUACAAGAAGCAGGUUAAUAUUAACAACAAAAGAAAGGAGAUUCUCGAGAAGAAGCUGAGGGAGAGACUGGCCUAUCAGGGAUAUUGGAUGGUGCUCAGAUCCAUUGACUCUGAGAUGGAGAGACUGCUUUUGAAGAAGAAAGGAAAGAAGAAAAGGAAGGAUGGAGAGAAGGAAAAAAUUAGAGAGAUUUUGGAAAAGCGUAGCGAAUUUAUAGAGCUGUUCAAGGAUGUUUCUGUGCUAGAGGACGACUACAGGAGCUAUGAAGACCUGUUUGAUCCUGAAGAGAAUGUGGACUGCCGUAGACAUGGAAUAAUGCCGUAUGACUACUUCUCAUGA